UAUUAGGUGCAAUUCAGAGCUUUUUCUUCAAUCGAUCAUCGACGGAGCUUUGUGUGGAGAAGCAUACAUACGAUGUCGUUUUGCUCCUCUGUGUCAUCAUCUCCAGAGUCUCUGUCUAUCUUCCCCAAACCUUUCCGAUCUUCUAAGCCUUACAGCCCUCGUAUCUCUGCUUCUGCCGAUGUACCUGACUUUCUCUCCGCUAAUUGGCUUGAAUCUCGUAGGAAAAAGCCAUUCGGUCCAAGAUUAUGUUUUAGUGCAGAAGAAGCAGUUCGAAACCAGCUUGAUGCAUUGAAGUACAAUGACCAACCUCAUCACGAUUAUGGAGUUGAAGUCAUGUACAGAUUUGCUGGAUUUGAUCCUUUUCAAAGGUCUACCUACUUCGGACGCUUUUUUGACUUGGGUCAGUUUGAACGAUUCAGGCGAAUAUUUCAUCAUUCAACUUAUAGAGUAUUACUUGGCCAUCAGGAGAGGGAGAUUUUGAGCAGUUUGCACGUAAAUGAGACUCUGUAUAAGCAGCGUGUCUGGGUCCGUGGCACUCGACCUGAGGAAGAAGAAAUCUUCCAAUUUACCAUGGCUCAGCGUGUUGGUGGGUCUUGGGAUGGCUACUGGCUGACAGAAUCUGUGCUUCACGAUGGGGAUACUUUCUCUGGUGGUGUGGCUUACUGAACUAGUAUCCACAGUAGCUUGGAAAUCAAUGUGGUUUCAUUGUAACUUCACUGCUGUGAGUACGAGUAAUAUACAGUAUAAUGUAUAGUUCAGUUGCUUACCGUCUUUGUUGUAUCCAAAAAAAACUGGCCAAUCAUGUAUAUAGAAACUUGUACAUUUUAUAGAAUGUAACAAACACAUAUUUCUUCUGAUAAUGCAUCAAACAUCAGUAUUUCACCA